CUGCUUCAAACUCACGAAUCCUUUUUCCAGCUCUCCGACAAAAAACAAAACGGGCUUCUCUUCCACUCCUGAGGGACCCGCAUUUCACCCUUCCACCCUACCAUUAUAAUACUGCUGGUUAUUUCUACGGCAGUAGCUUAUAACUGGCUCUCGGGCGUCGAGCCGUUGAAUAUGGAAAGCAAAUCCGAGCCCUAGGCCUCACGAGGGCCUGCUGCGAACGGAAGAGAGCAUUGGAAGGAUUAGGAAAUAGCAAUGCUGGAGCGAAUUUCCUCGCAGGGCUCCGAACAUGUCAAGGGCAAGGGGCCGAAAGGCUUUCAGGUGUUUGGAGGGGGUACCGGCGUCAAGCGCAACCACGCUGCAGUCGCGUUUCAUGUAGUCAUCAGCGAGCUCCGAGCAGAACUCUUGAGCUGCAAGCAGCUGCAUGCCGGUGUGCCGUGCACGCUGCUGUGGGUGCGGGGGGACACGGUGCACGUGACGGAGGACAGUGUUGGGCAGACGGUGCUGAGCUGGUCGGACACGUAUUUCAGUCAGAUGGUCACGCUGCAGGCUGGGUCUCACGGCUACAAGCCCAAGGACUGCAAAUUUAAGGUGCAGCAGCGCGGCAAGACCAUUGCCAAGACGGCGCUGGUGGACUUGUCCAAGUACUGCAGCGAGGUCGGGCUGGCUAAGGAGCAGUCCGUGGCGGUGCCGCUGCAGCCCGUCGGCACGCUCUACUUCGUGGUCAGCACGGCUCCCGCCGCUGAUCAGCAGGGCGGGCCGCCGCUGGACACCGCUGCCUCGCAGAACUCGAUGCUCACCGAUGGCCGCCCCAGCUACAGCCUGCCAAGCGCAGCAGCAGCUGCAGGGGACAGCGGUUAUGGGGCUGCCGGUGGGAGCAGUCAGUACUCAGCUCUGGCCAGCAAGUACAGCGGCGGCGUGGCAGCUGCAGCAGGAGCAGCUGCGGCUGGAGCCGCGGGGGCUGGGUACCGUGUGUCGGGCGCGGGCGCUGAGGGCGACCGGCCAUCCAACACGCGCUCCUCAGCGGGCGGCGGGCGACCUGGAGCCAACCCAAAGAAGGACGCGCCGGAGGACGAGUCCCUCAGCAGCUUCUUCCGCCGCAAGAAGGGCCCCAGCAAAGCCCCGCCAGCUCUCGUCACGCCAAGUGUAGCAGCGCCCGGCCCAGCUCCAGCGUCAGGCGGCGGCACGCCCAUUGGCACAGGGCCGCUGUCCUCCGGCUCCGCCAAGCAGCUGCUGCGGAAGACGGAGAGCGCCCGCGCCAGCCCCUCUGCCUGGGAGCGCAACCUGGCCUCUGAGCUGCUGGGCAGCGACGCCACCACCUCGCCCGCCAGCCCUGCCGCCGCCUCCAAGCUGUCAUCGCGCCGCUCCAACACCGGCAACGGCCUGGGCGGGGCAAGCACCGCAGCAACCGCAACGCCACAGCAGCCAGCGGACGGCGCGCGGCGAGGCAGCGGUGCCAGCUACCACAGCGACGUGACAGGAUGUGCCGGGGCGGGGACAGCCAGCAGCGCGGCCAAGGCGGGGCAUGCGGGGUCGGAUGUAGGGGUUGGCGGUGGCGGCGGCCCCGGCUGGGGCGCGUGGAUUCGUGGCGGCAUGGGCUGGGGCACCCGCUCCUCCAACCACUCCGCCACCGGCACCUCCACACCCGGUGCCGCCAGCCAGGCGUCCAUGCACGGCCCGGGGGGUGCUGCGGGCGGCGGCGAGCCCGACACGGGUGGCCUGGAGGCGGCCAUCCGCUCCGCCGCCGAGCCGGCCGAGCUGCGCGACCUGGCGCUGGACCUUCUGCACGAGCGAGACGAGUGGCGCAACAGGGCACUCUCAGCGCAGGACGCGCUGGGGCGGGCGCAGACCGCGCGCGGCGCCGCGGUGCGCGAGGCUCAGCGGCUGGAGGUCCGGCUGCGUGAGUACCAGGACGAGCUGGGCCGCCGCACUGACGGCUCGCUGCUGCAGGAGCUGGUGGAGGCCAAGGUCCGCAUAGCUGAGCUGGCAAAUGAGAACUUGCGGCUGCGGCGUCAGAUCACACACAUGGGGCCGCUCUUCUACGGAGACUCGGGCGAGGACCCAGGCACUCCGCACAAGUCGUCAAUCGCUAACACAUAACGGGUGCUUUGGCUGGACGGGGGUUACAUUCAUGAUUAGUUAAGGAAGUGGUAGCCGGCGGGGCGGUGUUGCAAUAGUUCCGCUUUUGUCAGUGUUGGAAGUGCACGCGUGCAGAACCUGUCAACGGUUGACUAACUGAGAAUUUAGAACUCUGAGCUGUACAUAGCAGGCCAGCUGGCCAAAAGGUAGUCGUUGUGCGUUAGUAAUCGUGGGCAGGUAGCGCUGAGGCAGAU